CCCGCCUGGCAGGUUGCGUUCAGGGCACAAAUACUCAUAUCGGCGCUUUGAAUUGUGGGUAAGACAUGUCUGCGCCCUGUCUUGUUUCCUGAAAGCACCUUGCUUACAGUGAAUAUCUGAAUUAUCCAAAGGCUUUCUAGCUGCAAACCGGCUUGAUUCCAACACGCUGUGAACAUGUCGGAAAAUCCUCAGAAGAAGAUCACCUCUGGAAAUGGGCUGACAAAAGCGGUGAUUGCUGAAAUGCUGCUGCAGAAUUUCGAGAGAUUGCCUGACAUUGAUCAGAAAGUCUUCAGCUACGGACCCUUGUAUCUGGGGGGAAACGCCGGACUUGCGGGACUGAUAUCCAACAGCUUGUAUCGCAGAGCUCUGAACGUCAGACAGGCGCCCAUCACCUCCAGCCUGCCCAUGGCCGUGCUGCCCUUCCUGACAACAUGCGCCCUGUACAGCGCAACCGUGUCCAACCCGCUCCUGUCCGGUGACCUCAACUGUCCCAUGUGCUCAAUAAUACGAGGUGCACUUGUUGGUGUGAUCGGUGGUGGGGUGUACCCCAUCCUCCUGGCCUUACCUAUGAAUAUUGGCCUUGCUUCCAGGUACAGCACAGCUCCAAUGCCAGAGAAGGGCAAUAUGAUCCGCUACUGUGUGGAGAUCUCCAGACCGGUCUUGAGGAGGAUGAGGGCAGUUUUAGUCCUCCAAGCUUUCUUCGGCACCUACCUGGGAUCCAGGCACUAUGAAACAUAUACCAAACUGGCCAGGAUAACAUUUGGCCCAGGUGGAGAAGAACUCAAAGACUAAAUGCACUGAACUAUAAAUAAACACAUUCAUUUGAUCUUGAUCGCUGUUUCACAUGGUAUAUCCCAAUGCCUGAGAUUGUCAUGGUGGAAAUAAAUGUAUUUGACGUAUCUGUUCUGAAAUCUUUUCUGGUUCGCCCUGAAUAUAUAAAUUGUUAUGUUUGCACUACCCACUAUAUCUUCUUUAAAAUUAGAGCUGAACCAAUUAAUUGAGUAGCUAUUUAAUUACUUGUGCAGAUUUUCUACAUGUCUUUAUUUUAUUACACUUGAAAACAUUGAGCUUUGUACGGCUCUGAAAUGUUCUAAUGAUUCUACAUUUAAAUCAUGCAGACAAAA